CGUAUUCCUUACCAUGUCUCCUCAACCUUCUCUUGUCCUUGCUUUUGUGGCCGCAAUGGCAUUCGUCUGUAAUGCCCAUGUUGGUAUAUCCCCUUCCACUGGACAGCCCGGUCAAAGUAUCAAUGGAAGCUUCCAUGUUCCUCAUGGAUGCAACGGAUCCGCUACUACUGGAUUGAGUGUGUCUGUACCGAGUGAAAUUGUCGUUCUUACCCCAUUGCCUGUCUCAAAUUGGACUCUUGAUGUAAAAUAUACAAAGCUUGAUACUCCUGUUCAGGUUAAUGGUGUCUCUGUCAACCAGACUGUAAGCAGCUUUUCUUGGACUGGUGGUUAUGUUCCUGCUGAUGGACUUGAAGAAUUUGGCCUCACUUUCACAUUACCCCAAGUUGAUCUGACCAAUACUCCCAAUGUUACUAUAUACUUCCCUAUUGUCCAAACAUGUGUUGUCGGAUCCACAGAAUGGACUGGUAUCCCAGGAACUGCUUCUUACAAUGCCUCUACCGGUAGCCCUGCAGCUUCAUUUGUGAUAGCUAAUUCUGUUGAUUCCACUACUGCCGAUACUCAUGAUCACGAUCAUGCAACCAGUCCCACUCCCAGCUCAUCAAGCGGUACCUCCACAAGUGGAGCAAGCGGAUUCUUGACAGCUUCUCUCUCAGGAGUUACCCUAUUUGCGGCUGUUAGUGCUUUAUUUAUCUAAACCUUCCGCUCUUUUUCUUUAUUCCUUUAUUCUUAAAAAAAAAGUCCUGCCUUACUCAAAUUAGCCAUUUAUUCACACAUACAUAAAUAUAUUACUCUAGUUUUUAUUAUCUCUCUCAUAUUUAAAAGUACUAUUAUUAAACCAAAAACAUCAUAUAACCAUAUUACAAAUGUUGACUUAGUUCUCAGUUUCACUCAUAAAGCUACCUAAAAAGAUUGAUCAAAUAUCACGAAAAUCAAGCAUUUUUAAACAAUAAAGUCACUUUUUCUAUCUCCAAAAAAAAGGUGCAGUCCCAUUCUACAAAGGAACGACGAAUUUUAUUCACUGUUGAUCGAAUCUGCAAGUGCAUCACAUUGGCUUAAAGAGACAAUGGAGAAUCCUCAUGAGCAACAGCAGAAUGCAUUGAUAAACCGAAUUGCAGCUAACGUGAAUAAACUCAACAGCACAGUACUAGAAUUGAACAAACGCUUGGAGAGUAUGAAUGAGCAGAGCAAGAGCAUUGUAGCACUCAGUCAGAUAUGGUCGGCAUAUAAUGCUUCAGUUGGCAUUCAUCUCGAUAAUACAAAGAAUUUUGCUGAUCCAAUAUAAUUGUUUUAAUUAAUGGAAUCUAUUUACUAU